AUGUUGUGUGAUACUGAAAAAGCCUACUGCUCGAUUCUUCUGUACUGCACGCAGGUCUUCAUCUUCUUGGGGGAUUCCAUCAGCCGACGGAUCGCCAUCUACCUCUCCACUCCUAGCCUGCGGCGGCGCCUCUUCUUCCUUGGGACGGCUAUGGCCUGCAUUGGCCUCGGCCUCUACUUGGAAUCCUUGGCCAUUGCCAUCAUCAUCCCCUUUGCUAUCUUCCUGGUCUUCUGGGGGAAUGGCACUAUCUAUGGCCUGACGGCAAACCACAUAGACAAGCAUGUGCCCACGGAGCAUAAUCUGGCAUCCUACUCCUUCUGGUGCUUCGUGGGGGACCUGGGUGCCGUCCUGGGAGGCAUUUUGGUGGACAGGACGCAUGACCUCUUCUGCAGAGGCCAUGAAGGGCCCUUUGAGUGCUGA